UCACGAUAUAGAGGCUCGGCCUAAAGACCAUGCCUGUACUGUUUUGCAAAAUCAUGAAGGGUGCCAGCGAAACAUCCAAUUCAGAAUCUCAUCGGCUGUUUUUGGGCAAUUUGUUUGGAACAGUUACAGAUGAUGAUAUUAGAGAUCGCUUUUCAAGUUUUGGACAAGUUGGAGAUAUUCAAAUCAUUCAGAGAAAAGAUUGUGAAGGGCAUCUUCAUAAGACGUUUGCAUAUGUUAAUAUUCACUCUUCAUCCACCAAAAUUGAAAAAUGUGUUUCUCUUUACAAUAAAUCCAGAUGGCAUGGUAAGGCUAUUGAGGUACAGAAAGCAAAAGAAUUUUACCUGACAAGAUUGAAAAGAGAGCGGCAAAGUAAGGACAGAUGUUUAGUUGAAGAAAAGAAACCGAAAAGCUACACCGACAUAGAAGCCAAACUGCAAAAUAUGAAAGCAACUGUUCCUGGAGUGAUGAUUUCAGGUGAGAUGGACUGGGUAGUUGGAAAAUACCGCAGACCUUUGCCUGUUUUGCGCAUGCGAGGAAAGAGCCAAAAUUUACAGCGUAUUGAUCCUUCAAAGCAUUGUCAUCAGCUUAAAAAGAUUAAAGAUGAUGAAACAUAUCCAGGUAAUAAUUGCAAACUAUCUUGGGGCUUUGAUUUGGAAGAAUCAUUGCCUAAAAGAUCCAAAAACGAUGACCUUAAGAAAAUAUCCGAAUCCGACCCUGUAGAAAAAGACGAUGACAAAAUUCCCGAUAAAAACACUGUUAACGAAAGGAAAUUUCAUAGCGAUAGGUUUGACAGUGAAGAAUACUUGACUGGAGGUAAUGUUGAUCUAUCUGAAGUAUUGGUUGGUAAUGAAGAUGCUAGUACUCUCGGAAAAGGCAUCGUGGCGCAGAUUGCAAGAACGCAAUCGUGUUCUUGUUGCACUGAUGCAAGUAAAAAUAUUUGCGCACUAUUCAGCAAAGAUGAUUUUGAUUCUGAGGCACAUGCCUCUCUUCCAUCUAGUGGCGAACAUAGUUCAUCUGAAAGUUCCGUUUCAUUUGAAGAAACCCCCGAACCCAAAUUGACCAUUGACAGUGAACGACACGAAAACAAUAUUGACCACAAGAAAUCAGGCUGCAUUGUAGAUCAGUCACCGGAUUUUAGCAACCUGAAAGUUGAGAAUUUUUGUAGCAAAACAAAUGACAUUGAGGCAUUGCAAAUAAAACCGAGUGAUUCAAAGCAGUCGAUGUCAGAAAGCAAGCGUUUGAAUGCAUUGGCUUUGCGAAAGACUGUAAUAAGUGAACAAGUUAAUCACGUAAAGCUCGCCUUGAGUAGUCUUGAUGAGCAGAGAAAACUAUCGAAUCAUGUCGAAUUUCAUUGGUCAGAUGAAGAAGAUGAUGAAAAGGUGACCGGCGAGGUCAAUGGGGCUUCACACAAGGCCCUCAAUACAGGUUCACUGUCUUGGCUUGGUCUCGAUGAGACAACCAGUUCUGAUGACGAUGAGAAUGCAAGAUUUGAAAUAAAGCCCCAUUUUGAAGGGCCAUCAGGCAAGGAGCUGUUCAAGUUGAACCAGCAGAAGGGUCUGGAUCAUCGCUUCAAGAUGGACGAAAGAUUUCUAGAAGAUCAGUCAAAAUUAGCAAGUUUGGCCGAAUCUAGAGCGAUUUCAGAUUCUUCAGGCGUCGUCGACAUGGACAUAAAUGAAGAGAAACGCAACACACUGUCAGUUUUAGAAGGUCUUCUUCAAAGUGGAAAGAAGGCGAGGUCGGAAAAAGACGAUUUAAUUCAAGAUUUUGUCCGCUACGACCCACUUGAUACAAGACAUUCAAAAUACGAAGUCGACGAUAAAGUGUCUGAUGAUGAUUUUAUUCCUAAGACUGAAGCACCUCUGGAAAGUAACGAGCAGAAGCGGGAAUCUAGUGAGGCACUCGACAACACAUAUUUCCAUAUUAAUUCUUCAUUAACAGAUUUGUUCAAGGACUCGGUUUCUACUUCUUUUACCUUUUUGAAUUCACGUCAUGACAAAAAAGAAGAGCAAGCCGAAACCAUAGAUCACAAUGAGCAGACUACCCGCUUAAAGAAACUGCUUGAUUCGAGAUUUCUGCCAGACACUAAUGAAGUUGAAGCUCCUUUCAAUACAUUGGAUGAGGAUAAAGCAAAAAAAUAUAAUAUAGAAGAGUUUUUCUUUUUGAUCAACGACGAAAGGCUGGAAAGUGAGAACCCAGAUGGUCCGUCAGCUUUCGCUAGAAAAAAGUCAAUAGAGGAGCUUACAGAAAUUUUGGAUUCAAAACGCGACAGAUUUCGUCAGGAUUACAAAAGAAAAGCAAAAGAUUCUGUAAGACAUCGAAAAAAACUUGGACUGAACAAUUCUAAGCAGCGAAAAAACACAGCUGUUUGAUCAACUUUUUGAACUAUCUUCCAAUAAAAGCAUUGAUUA